UGAUCACUUAGCUUGAGAAAGUCCACAGGAGUGGACGAAAGCUGGCCCACAAAAUUCAAGAUUGGUUGAAGCUUCAAAAUUACAUUAUAUAUAUAUAUCUAAUUGUUAAUUUGCAAUCAACCGUUACCAGGUACCAGGAUGGCGACAGCUAAGGUGGCUUUGGUGCUUCUCCUUGUCAAGAUGAUGAUUGCCUCAUCAUCGCAAGAACAGUUGGGAAUGCAAGAUGGACGGAUCACGGACGCACAGAUCACGGCUAGUAGCUGUUAUGAUCAAAAUCAUUGCACAGACCGCGCAAGACUCAACCAGCCAAGGACUAGUUCCAAGACGGGCGCAUGGAGUGCUCGAACCAACACCCCGGACCAGUUCAUCCAAGCGGACUUGAGGCAGUUGCACGAGGUCUCUGGGAUCAUGAGCCAAGGUCGCAAUGGUUACACCCAAUGGGUCACUUCAUUCAGGGUGCUGUACAGUAUCGAUGGACUCACCUGGACUGCUGUACAGAACUCGAUCAUGGCUGGCAGUAAUGUCUUCAGUGGUAAUGACGACAGGGACACCGUUGUGACAAAUGACUUUUCUUCCAACAUUGUAGCCCGGUUUAUCAGGAUUGAACCACUGACUUGGACGAACCACAUCAGCAUGAGAUUUGACAUUCUUGGCACUGUUGCAUCAAAGAUUGAAGGGCUCCAGAAAGCUUUGGGUAUGAAAGAUGGGCAAAUUCCUGACAGCGCCAUCACAUCCUCAACGCAGUACGAUGGCAACCACGGACCAGAACGAUCACGUCUGGACACAGUCGCUGGUGGUGGUAGGACAGGGGCUUGGUCAGCACGCACCAACGACGUCAACCAGUGGUUGCAGGUGGAUCUCAACAGCUUCUACAUCAUAACUGGAGUUAUCACACAAGGUCGACAGGAUACUGACCAAUGGGUGACCGCUUUCAAGGUGUCCUCCAGUGAUGAUGGCACAAACUGGAAUAUCAUCCAGGCUUGUGAUGGAAAUGAUAAGGUCUUCAGUGGAAACACCGAUCGCAAUAGUAAGGUAACAAAUACGUUUGAUCGACCAAUCGUUGGCCGUUUCCUACGCAUUCAUCCCACCACUUGGAAUAAUCAUAUCAGUAUGAGAUUGGAAAUUCUCGGAAAAGGAUCGGUGGCAAGUAACCGUUUUGAGCCAAUGAAACUUGGAAUGGAAGAUGGCCAAAUUGCAGACAGCCAACUCUCUUCAAGCACAUGUUAUGAUUCAAAUCACUGCGUCGACAGGGCAAGGCUCAAUCAAGUAGCAGGUGGUGGAAAGACUGGUGCAUGGUCUGCACAAACCAACGACCACUCUCAAUGGAUUCAGGUGGACCUUCUUUCUGACUAUAAACUCAGUGGGAUUGUGAUUCAGGGUAGAUCAGAUUACGAUCAAUGGGUGACUAGUUUCAGGUUUCAGUACAGACCAGAUGGACAAUCAGCGUUGAUAGAUGUAGUGGAUGACAAUGGAGCUAUCGUUACCUUCACAGGAAAUAGCGACAGAGAUAGUCUAGUGAUCAACAUGCUUCCUCUCCCAGUCGCAGCUCGUUACGUCCGUAUCCUUCCUCAAACCUGGACUAAUCACAUCAGCAUGCGAUUUGAGCUGCUUGGAGAAGGACCCAUCAAUGUUGCUUCUGUCCCCGGAAAGCUUGGUAUAGAAGAUGGUCGCGUAGAUACUACCAGUCUUUCUGCAUCAUCUUGCUGGGAUGGCGAUCAUUGCGUAGCACGAUCUAGACUCAAUCAGCCACAAGAGGGCGCUCUAAGGGGAGCCUGGUCAGCCUUAACAAAUGAUGUAAACCAAUGGAUACAAGUUGACCUCCGUGCUGCCUUUGAGGUCACAGGAGUCAUCACACAAGGCAGAAACAGCCAUGACCAGUGGGUCAUGUCUUAUCAAAUCUCCUACAGCAUCGAUGGCAAGGACUGGACCUUGGUGAAAAACUGUGCGGACGGAGCAAAGAUCUUUCCUGGUAAUUCUGAUCGUGAUAGCCGAGUUGAAAAUGGAAUCAGCCCACCUGUGACAGCUAGGUUCAUCCGUCUUCAUCCUGUAACUUGGGGCAACCAUAUCAGCUUGAGAUGGGAACUCAUUGGACAGGGUCCUAUUACAUUGACGGGUUUGUCUGAAAAGCUUGGACUCGAGGACUACCGCAUCACUGAUGGCGCCAUGACGGCUUCAACGCAGUAUGAUUCCAACCAUGGCCCACGUCGAGCUCGGUUGAAUCUUCCAGUGAGCGGAGCUCUUAAAGGCGGCUGGUCUGCACUCACCCUGGACCACAGUCAGUGGCUUCAAGUAGACCUCAGUGGGACCUAUCGCGUGGCUGGAAUCAUCACCCAAGGACGGGCUGAUGCUAACCAGUGGGUCACCAGCUAUAGAGUGGCUCAUAGCUUGAAUGGAAUUGACUUCAACACAAUUCAAAUUGCUGCCUCCCAGCAAGAAAAGGUCUUCAUAGGAAAUAGUGACCGAACCACCCAAGUGACUCACUACUUUUCCCCUCCAUUGACUACUCGUUUCAUCCGAGUACUGCCCACUAUGUGGUUUGGACACAUCAGCCUGCGUAUGGAACUCCUUGGAGCUGGACCUGUUGCAGCCAUCUUGAAUGAUCCUGUCCCUCUGGGCCUUGAGAGUUAUGUUAUCCAGGAUUCAAGUCUGACAGCUUCCAGUGAGUUUAAUGCUGACCAUGGUGCAAAGAGAGGUCGUCUUAACCUGGCCCGAGUAGGGAACCUGCGCGGAGCCUGGUCUGCACUGGCAAACAAUGCCAACCAGUGGAUCCAGGUGGAUCUUUUGGACCCUUACCGCAUCAUUUCAAUUGCGACUCAAGGGCGACAAGAUGUAAGCCAGUGGGUUACAAGCUACAAGCUUGCUUGUAGUACUGAUGGCACGACCUUUGCCACUGUGCAGGGCAUCUGUACAAACCCUGGCGCUGACAGAAUCUUCAACGGUAAUGUUGACCGCGAUACCCUCGUGACCAACACUCUGCCUGUACCCCAGGUUUGCCGCUAUGUCCGAUUGAUGCCUGUCAGCUGGUUCGGCCACAUCAGUCUUCGUAUGGAGCUCUACGGUGAAGGCCCUCUCACAGUGUGAAUGAUCAACAUAGCAGACCUGAUCAGAAGAUUCAAUUGAUGGAAUUAUACCUGACGAUGGAUAUCAUUAGCAAUUUCAUUCCUUGAUUUAAUGGAUACAUAAAAAUGAAGAAUUUCGAUGAACUUUAAACUAUUAAUUCUUAUUCUUAUUCUUAUUCAUUCAGCCCUUUCAAGAAAUAUAACGAUGACACAAUAUAAACAAGAUGAUUAAAAAGUUAGCAUGGCAACAGUUAUACAAAUACAAAUUUUGGUAGCAACAUUCUGAGUGUAUCAUUUGGCGGCCAGAGAAGAGAAGAGGAAACUUAACCACUGUAACCGUAAAGGUCCUUUCGCCCAACCAACUGAUGCAAUCAGAAGACUGGUAAAAUAUAUAGCAUAAGAACAAAUAAAGGGAGUAACAAAAUCAAGGAUAA